AGUAUGGUAUUGUAUUGCUUUGGGAGAAAGAAAAGAAAAUAAUAAAGAAAACUUUGUUUGCAGCAUCUAUAACGAGCACUCGGGGGUUUAAAGUGUUGAUCUAGUUGAAUCGAUGAAGCCGAUUAGACUGCCGGAGCCACCGGAAAGUCCGCCGAAAGGAGUGCCGGACAUAUUCGAAGGCGGCGUCUACAGCGUUAUCCGGCGAGCUGUUAUCAUCGGCAACGGUUUUCCAGCUUCUGAGAAUCAGAGUUUUGGCUUGGUUCGAGCUUUAGGCCUUUCCGAAAAGCAAGUUUUAUAUCGUGUUACUAGACCCAGAGGAGGAAUAAAUGAGUGGCUACACUGGCUUCCAGUUUCUAUCCACAAAGCAGUGUAUUACAUUAUCAGGCAGCUCUUUGGUUAUUCCCGGGUUAUCUCGAGGCGCAGAGGGGAUAGACUUCUGCCAUUAACUACAGAAAAUGGCGGUAGUGGUGGUUUAUCAUCUAUUUUAGAAGCUGAUGUGAAAGGCAUAGUAAAUAUGGCUCGAGAGACUUAUGAGAAGGAUGGUCCGUUGUUGAUUGUUGCAUGUGGCAGAGACACCAUUUCAAUUGCAAGCUCGAUAAAAAAACUAGCCUCUGACUAUGUAUUUGUUGUUCAGAUUCAGCAUCCAAGGUCACACCUGAAUAGGUUCGACCUGGUCAUCACCCCACAGCAUGACUAUUACCCUUUGACUCCUGCUGCACAGGAGCAGGUUCCCAAAUUUCUCCGGAAGUGGAUAACGCCUCGUGAGCCUCCUGAUAGUCAUGUGGUCCUCACUGUAGGAUCUCUUCAUCAAGUUGAUUUUGCUGCUCUCCGAAGUGCAGCUAUUACAUGGCAUGAUGAGUUUGCACCUUUGCCGAAGCCCUUACUGGUGGUUAACAUUGGAGGACCUACACGCUUCUGUAAAUACGGGAUAGAUCUUGCUAAACAAUUAGUAGCAUCUCUCCAUAAUGUUCUUGUCAGCUGUGGAAGUGUAAGAAUAUCUUUCUCAAGGAGGACACCUGAAAAGGUAUCUAAUUUCAUACUCAAAGAGCUAGGAAGUCAUCCAAAAAUUUAUAUAUGGGACGGCGAAGAAUCAAAUCCGCACAUGGGCCAUCUAGCGUGGGCUGAUGCUUUUGUCGUCACUGCAGAUUCAGUCAGUAUGCUCAGUGAAACUUGUAGCACAGGUAAGCCCGUCUACGUUGUGGGUAGCGAGCGUUGUACUUGGAAGUAUGCGGACUUCCACAAAACGAUGAGGGAGCGAGGUUUUGUUCGGCCAUUUACAGGUCUUGAAGAUAUUUCAGAAAGUUGGAGCUAUCCACCACUCAAUGACACUGCCGAAGCAGCAAAUAGAGUGCAUGAAGCAAUUGCAGGGCGAGGGUGGAGAUUGCGCCCGUAGAAAGAGUUCUAGUCACACUGUUGUUGUCUAUUAGUUAAGAUAUAAAAUUUUCCUCGGAGUUGAGGUCCCAGAGAAUCACGAUGGUUCAAGUUGUUUCGGAUUACUACUGAUCAUAUGGAGUUUGGUUAAGCAAUGAAUGUUUAUAAUUUUUCCCAUAUGAAUUUUGAUAUUUAUAGAAUAAAUGAAUAGACUAGCAGAUUGUUGCUUGCAAUGCAGAAAGGUACAUAUUCAUACAUACAGUAUUUAUGAGCACUUGGAGACCAAUACAUUUUGUAAUCUACCAUGUAAAUGUAGGUUUUUAUGUGUUUUAGCAACAAUUGCAGAUGCACCAUGUAUUCAUGCCUUUAGUCUGUUUCAAAGACAUGAUUCUACCAGCAAAGUACCAAUUGAAACGGUUUUUCUGUUUA